GAGCAUUUAAAGAUGCAAUUCUGCAACGACACGAUACCUUACUCUCGGCCGGACGACCUUCCGCAACAUUCAGAUAUGAACGGAAGAAAACGUCGGGGAAACUUGCCAAAAGAAUCGGUGAAAAUCUUGAAGAUGUGGUUGUACGAGCAUCGAUACAACGCCUAUCCUUCUGACCAGGAAAAACUCGUACUCUCUAAAGAAGCCAAUCUCAGUCUUUUACAGGUCUGUAAUUGGUUUAUUAAUGCUAGACGUCGCAUUUUACCGGAUCUAAUUCGGAAAGAGGGGCACGACCCCUUGCAGUAUACAAUAACAAGAAAGAGUUAUUCCAACAGAAGUCAAGUGGCUAGACACAGGCAAGGAAGAUCAGAUAAAUCUGACCACGACAAACUGGCCAAACCUCCUCAGGCUUUUUUCUCGGUGACCGAUGAAAGUGACGUAGAGAGUGAAGACAGUUCGAGUGAUAAUUCUCCGUGUGAUGCUUUGCAAGAAAGUUCAGUCUUGAAAGAUUGCGACUCUCCCUUAAAGUUGACAAGACGCUGGCAACAAUCUCACGAGCAAGAACUCAUGAAUCGAGAUUGGAGAAUUGACCGUUUUAAUACGCAAUCUUCAGUCAUGAACGUGUCGCCCUCUAGUGAUAACUCAGAGCUUAAUCUGUCCAUAAACCCUCACGGUUGUAAUGAAGUUACUAAGUAUGGUGCCUCGUUCCCUUCACAGGAUAUAUUUCCAGGAAGGAAAAUUCAGUUAUGCGAAGUAAGAAGCGAGUCUAAGGUGUUCGAUUCACCGAGAUGUUCCGACACUGAGCUUAAAAAAAAACAUCCACAGCCGUGGGAAUCGGAGCCAAACACCCCCCCACUUACACCACCUGGUGCGCAUAAAGAAGACCCAUUCAGUUGCUUGUAUUUGCUAGUAGACGCCGCUGUUGGCGAACUAGAAAAGCAACGGGGGCAGAAUUAUACCGAGUUAUGAUAGCGCAAUCUCUUUACCCAUGAAAGCUACACAUCGAAAGGUGCCUUUUAAACACACAGCUACCAAACAACGAAACCCCCCCCCCCCCCAUAGUGUAGUGCUUCAUCGUAACUGUAGUGAACAUGUAUGCGGUAAGUCAUUAGUACCGAAGCGAAACAAAUUAGUCAUAAACUAUAAAUUUUAAUAACAUUAUCUGUAAUUAUAGCAUGCAGAGACAAACUGCGUAAUCUUGCUUUUGAUUCGUUCAUUUUCAAGAUGUCACUAAUCCGUACUUACGUAGUACGUAGCUUUGCCUAGAAUGUCUUUACUUUUGAUUUGGUUUAGACAACUAAAAACCUUGAUUUCGUCUGCUUUUCGGUGAAGACACUUCAAAUUAAAUGUGUGUGUGAAUGAAAGUAUUUGUUCAAUGUUGAAAACAAAACGAUCCGGAUCAAGACAGGUAGACCACAUAGUUUUCAUUCGGGUCGAGGUUAACCCUAACUAUAGGUAGUACGCAGCAUGAGUACUUCUGCUAAAGGUGAUCCGAGAUCAUUGUCGAUGAUGUCAAUGCAAAAAUACUCUGUAGCUUCUGGUAAAUAUUGACUAGUACACGUGAACUGUGAAGUUUCAAUCCGAAAUGUCCUAGGGGGCGUCUCGCAACGCAAUUGUGACUUUCCUAAGCAUUUCUCAAAGUAAUCAUGACAUUGAGUUGAAGUGGGUCUGAAUUCGGCUAUCACAGUAGGGCUAAAGCUCGUUCAUGUCACCAUGCAUCUUGACAAU